UUUACAGUUUUACUCUUUCUUUGGUUUUUUUGUACACCUUGUGGUACUUGUUUUGAAGUGUUUGUGUUUGAGGGUAUUUUGUGAUGGUUAGUUAUUUUACUGAUAAAUAUUCUUAUUUUCAGUACAGUAAUAAUGUCUUUUGUAUUAACAAAAGCUGCAUUAGCUUUAAAGAAUGCUGAAAGUAAUUUUCAAUUCGUCAAAUUUGAAAGCUACAAACGCAAGAAAAAACAAGCAGCUGAUACUGGAGAUGCUGGAACAAUUGACCGAGUAUCUAUACCAAAUAAAAAAUUAGAUUUAAAAAAAGUGAGACACGAAGUAAUGAAAUUUGGGAUAUCUGGGUUUGAUGCUACGAAAAAAGAAGAAGCUAAAAUAGCAUUGGCCGUGAGCUUAGGAGCAAAACCACCCAAACGCGAGUAUAUCAAUUACAAAGAACUUAUGCAAAAGAGGAAACAAGAAAAACAGAAAGAAAAGGAUGAUAAACAAGCAAUGCACUCAAAAACUGUAUUGCAGACUGCAGGCAAAAAGAAAAAGAAGCUUCAAAAUGAUGUUGGGCAUUUUUUAAGUGGUUAUGGAAAGGUACAGAAAAAAGAGUUGAAGAAAGAUAACAGUGGCCCUAAGAAGCAAAAAAAGAAACUAUUGUAAAGAAGUAUAUUAUAUUAUUCUUUUUUUUAUAACAUGACUGUUUUAUUUGUACGUU